GAGGGGGCUUCCGCUUCCGGCAGCGGAGGCUGCAGCCUCGCUCUGGUCCCUGCGGCUGGCGGCCGAGUCGUGUGUCUCCUCCUCCGCCGCCGCCAUAUUGUCUGUGUGAGGAGACGGGAGAGCGGCGAGUGCCGCCGCCGCUUCCAUCACAGUUUGAAGAAAACAAGUCUGAAACAAAUCUUACCUCCCAGCUGCCUCUGAAUACAGUGUUUGACAGAUCAUCAGACAUCAAGUUCAGCUUUGUCCGCCAACCUGUCUGACAUGUCGGGACCCGUGCCAAGCAGGGCCAGAGUUUACACAGAUGUUAAUACUCACAGACCCCGAGAGUACUGGGAUUAUGAGUCACAUGUGGUGGAAUGGGGAAAUCAAGAUGACUACCAGCUGGUUCGAAAACUAGGCAGGGGUAAAUACAGUGAAGUAUUUGAAGCCAUCAACAUCACAAAUAAUGAAAAAGUUGUUGUUAAAAUUCUCAAGCCAGUUAAAAAGAAGAAAAUUAAGCGUGAAAUAAAGAUUUUGGAGAAUUUGAGAGGAGGCCCCAACAUCAUCACAUUGGCAGACAUUGUAAAAGAUCCUGUGUCACGAACCCCUGCCCUGGUUUUUGAACAUGUAAACAACACAGACUUCAAGCAAUUGUACCAGACGUUAACAGACUAUGAUAUUCGAUUUUACAUGUAUGAGAUUCUGAAGGCCUUGGAUUAUUGUCACAGCAUGGGAAUUAUGCACAGAGAUGUGAAGCCCCAUAAUGUCAUGAUUGAUCAUGAGCACAGAAAGCUGCGGCUAAUAGACUGGGGUCUGGCUGAGUUUUAUCAUCCUGGUCAAGAAUAUAAUGUCCGAGUUGCUUCUCGAUACUUCAAAGGGCCUGAGCUACUUGUAGAUUAUCAGAUGUAUGAUUAUAGUUUGGAUAUGUGGAGUUUGGGUUGUAUGCUGGCAAGUAUGAUCUUCCGGAAGGAGCCGUUUUUCCAUGGGCAUGACAAUUAUGAUCAGUUGGUGAGGAUAGCCAAGGUUCUGGGAACAGAAGAUUUAUAUGACUAUAUUGACAAAUACAACAUUGAAUUAGAUCCCCGUUUCAAUGAUAUCUUGGGCAGACACUCUCGUAAGCGAUGGGAGCGCUUUGUCCACAGUGAAAACCAACACCUUGUCAGCCCAGAGGCCUUGGAUUUCCUGGAUAAGCUGCUGCGAUAUGACCACCAGUCACGGCUCACUGCAAGAGAAGCCAUGGAGCAUCCCUAUUUCUAUACUGUUGUGAAGGACCAGGCUCGAAUGGGUUCAUCUAGCAUGCCAGGGGGCAGUACACCUGUCAGCAGCGCCAACAUGAUGUCAGGGAUUUCUUCAGUGCCAACCCCGUCACCCCUCGGACCUCUGGCAGGCUCGCCUGUGAUUGCUGCUGCCAACCCCUUGGGAUGCCUGUUCCAGCUGCCGCUGGCGCUCAGCAGUAAUGGCUCCAUCUUUUCUCCUGAUGCCUGAGCAGAGGUGGGGAAGGCCACCCUCUCCUUGAUGCAGCUUGCGCCUGGUGGGGAGGGUGAAACACUUCAGAAGCACCGUGUCUGAACCGUUGCUUGUGGAUUUAUAAUAGUUCAGUCAUAAAAAAUUAUAAUAGGCUGAUUUUUUUUUCCUUUUUUUUAAACUCGAACUUUUCAUAACUCAGGGGAUUCCCUGAAAGAUUAUCUGCAGGUGGAAUAUUUCAUGGACAAAUGUUUUUUCUCCCCUUCCAAAUUCAGUUCAUCACUAAAGAACAACAAAAAAACCAGCCUCAAUCCUGGCUGCUGCAUUUGGGUGGAAAUUUCCCAUUCCUACCAUUGCUCCCCCACCAUCCUGUACUAGGGGGAGAAGGGGGUUGUAUCUAGUGCUCUUCUCCAGAGAUUACAAAAGUGUAGCUUCUCAAGGGAGGUGGGAAGGAAGGAGGCAGGAUGGAAAAGAGGCAGGGAAGACCUAAUCUGUAAGAGCAGUAUACUGCUAGUCAUUUGUUCCAUAAGUGAUUCAUUGCGGUUACCCUGGUGACUGUAGUGAAAGCAUGUCUUAGUUUUGUGGAGAUGUUAAAUCUACCCAAAGGGCAGACAGAUUCUGAAAACAUUUGUUCAAUGUGAAUCAUGUUUUAUUGACCUAACCGUAAAUUCAGCUCACUUAUAAUUUUGAUGUCAGUUUAGUUUAAAAUUGUGAUAAUAUCCCUCUGAUGCUCCUACCCGUGGUCUUUUCCCCUUUUAUGUCUCAACAUGUUAUGCUCCAUAGUGGUAGGAGAGAGAAGGCAAAAUCUUUUUCAGUUUUCUUUGACUUGGCCAUCUUGGAGUCAGUUACUGAGCAAAACUUACUGCUUUUUUACAAAAGAAACAUUGUCUAUUAGGUUUCAUGCUAGCAAUCUUAAGAGUUAAUGGGAGAUGCAGCCACACUGGGUUUCAUUUUAAGCUACCUUCUUUUCCUCCUACCUUCAUCUUUCCUCACAUGGCAUCCAGUGAGAAGACCUGCUCCUUAGUCUUGUAAAUGUAUCUUGAGAGGCAGGAACAGAGCCACUAUCUCCUGUGAAAUGGAAACGGUAGACUUGUAAUUGUGGGAAACUUAUCAACUCUUGUUACAGCCCUGCCACCCUUUGCUAUGUGUAUAUAUAUAUACUUUGUCCAUCAUAUGUGAAAGAUCCAGUGUUGGAAUUCUUUGGUGUAAAUAAACUUUUGGUUUUAUUUAUCAA